AUGAUUUUAUCUAAAUUCGAGAAAGAAACAGUUAUUUGGACAACGCAAUUUAAAGACCAAGGAUAUAAUGAUAUCAAACUAUAUGUUGUCGCCAUCUAUUUCGUUCUUACAACUGUAUCAACAAUUGGAUACCGAGAUGUCAUACCAAAAACAACAAAUGAAGUAAUGGUGAUGAUAUUUAUCCAAUUGUUCGGAGUUAUCCUUCAUACAGCAAUCAUUGCGAGAAUGAUUUCCGUAUUUUUCAAUACAUUAGAAUAUACGUUUAUUAAUAGUUACAAAGUCACUCAAGAUUACUUGAAAUUUAAGAAAAUCGAUGACAAUCGAAGAAGAGAAGUUCGAAAUUUCUGUCAAUAUUAUUGGGAAACGACAGGAGCAGCAGGAGGCAUCAGAAAUCUACUUAGAAAUGUCCCAAAAUCACUUAGAACAACAAUCAAACUCGAAAUUACAAGAAAAUUUUUCGAUUCUACAGUUUGCUUUUCUUCUCUCACUCCAGGACAGCUUGCUAAGGUCGCAAAGAUCAUUAAGCAUAUUACUUUCGAACCAGGAAGCUUCCCAUGCAGACAGGGAGAGAAAUGCAACUUCAUGCUUUUUGUUGGUCGAGGAAUAAUUUCGAUAAUUGUUGAUGACCAAGUUAUUGCAUCUGAAAGUUGCACAGAGAGUACUGUACAUGGUGAAAACCAAAUGUUGUUGGGUUCACAAUGCGCAACAAGCAUCAGAGCGUUAAUGCAGGGUUUUAUAUCAAGAUGA